CCUACGUUACCGUUUAUAUACAACACGAGGAAUCGUAUCACUUCGUCUGUUGAACGCAAGUUUCGUUUAACACUUCUCCAGCAAGUCGCUCUAGCACGUUCUUUUCUGUGCGAGGUCCGCGCAUGUGACUCUGGACAAAAUGCACAACAGCGGUGUAGAAACAGCAGCUGGAGCACCGUCGUCUGGAUAUGUCUGCGAGGCUCGAGAUGGUGCUUUUGUGGCUGGAAAGGCAGUUCUAGGCGACUCCACAGAGUGCUUUGGUGAUACUGCUUGCGCCCCAGCUUUAGCGUGCUGCGCCGGCACCGCAGCACAGAAAAGCUGCUGUUCCGCAACUCUCCAGCCAGGAUGCAGCGGUUCUAUCAGCCACGCUUGUGCUCUGCCGUCAAGCAGCGUGAUGGCCGCUCCUUCAAAGCCACCCUCAAAGCCAGGAGCAGGUGGCUGUUGCUGCUGCGGUUGCGGCGAGGGUGUACCCUGCACCUGCGGCACGGUCACGCUGCGGCUGAGCGCGUACGAUCCAGCACUGAAUCCAGACGAGCUUUUUGAGCUAUGUCGCUGCGAUUGCAACGACUGCAAGUGCAACAGCUCAGAGCAGCUGACCAAGGCAGCUUCUCUUUCAGCGGGCGGUACGGAUUGGCAGUACCCGGCCUUCACCUUCAAGUACUCGCCGUACAGCUCAUCACCCUCUGCCGUACAACAACAGCACAACCACCAUUACGGCAGUCCUGCGGCGGCUGCACGAGAGGCGCUGGCGCGACGUCAGAGCCUGGCGCGGCAGCUGCUUGUGGAGGCUAAGGCGCUAGGGGUGGCGGGGGUGAAGGUGGACCAGCACCGGGGCGUGGUGGAGGUGUGGGCGCCGCUCGCCUCCUCCUCCGCCGCCACCUCGGCAGCAGCAGUCAAGGCCCUGCGCGCAGCCAUGGGCGCCCUGCUUGCGAAACUGGGGUUUGGGACACCAGCAGCGACCCAUGGGUCAGACCAGCAGCAACAACCCUCUCCGCUGGCGUCUCCGGGGCCCUCUCCAUCGCCCACGUCCGCCGCUGCUGCAGCCAGUCCGCAAACAUGGGGAGCGGCCGCAAGUGCUGUGGGUGUUAAGGCUCUGCAGGGAGCGCAAUCGGCUCUUCCCGACUCACCUCGCACUCCCCGCGACACUUCGGCUUCAGCUGCCGCCACCAUUACCAUUCCCACGUCCACCCCUCCGUCCCCCGAGCCCGCCGCUAUCGGCCCAUUCCCUGCUCCUUCCCAGUCGUCUGCCUCUGCCGUACCCUCGCAGCCAGGAGCGGGGGGUGCCGUACCUCCUCUCCAAGAUCAGUGGCCUCCGCUGCUACCUCCCAUCAUGCGUACGGCGGAUUUCACGGUUCGCGGCAUGACGUGUGCUGCGUGCGUUGCGGCGCUGGAGGGGCAGCUGAGGCGGCUGCCGGGGGUGGGGGCGGUGGCGGUGUCCCUCAUGACGGAGAGGGCGCAGGUGGAGUACGACCCCGCCGCUGUGGGCCUGGCGGACCUGCAGGACGCCAUCGAGGGCUGCGGCUUCGAGGCGGCGCUCGCAACGGAGGCGCAGGAACCGGGCGCGGCUCGGCUGGUGAUUCGCGGCAUGACGUGCGCCGCCUGCUCCGCUGCGGUGGAGGCGGCUCUGAGGGGCGUGGCGGGGGUGCGGGAGGCGUCCGUGAACCUCAUGGCUAACCAGGCACUCAUCAAAUAUGACCCGCGGGUCUUGGGUGGUCCUCGCGAGCUUGUGGAGGCGGUGGAGGAGGCGGGCUACGGAGCAGCGCUGUGGAAGGAGGGGGAGGACGACGCGGGGGGAGUGCUGCACGCUCACGAGGCAGCCAAGUGGCGGCGGCAGCUGCUGCUGUCGUGCUUCUUCUCCGUGCCGCUGCUGCUGCUGAGCAUGGCGGCAAUGCUGCCUCCCUUCAUGAUGCUAGAUCGCAGCUGGUUGCUGUUUGGUCGCGUGCCGGCGCUGUGGGUGGUGGAGCUGCUGCUGGCGGCGCCCGUGCAGUUCGUGUGCGGGGCCACGUUCUACCGCAGUGCCUUCGCCUCCCUGCGCCACGGCUCCCCCAACAUGUCGCUGCUGGUGGCGCUGGGCACCUCCGCCGCCUUCGGGUACUCGCUGGUGUCACUGGGGCUGGCAGCAGCGGGAGUGGGGGCAGCGGGGGGAGCAGGCGGUGCCGCUCCCGAGGGCGGGGUGUACUUUGAGACGAGUGCGCUCAUCAUCACCUUUGUGCUCAUGGGCAAGUGGCUGGAGUCGGGUGCCAAGGCGCGCACCGCCGACGUGGUGGGUUCGCUGCUGUCGCUGGCGCCGCGCACCGCCUCGCUGCUGCUGCUGGACCGGGGCAGUGGCAGGGUGCUGGCGGAGAGGGAGAUUCCAGUGGAGCUGAUUCAGGUUGGCGACGUGCUGCGUGUGCUGCCGGGCGCUGCCGUACCCGCUGACGGUGUCGUACUGGCGGGCCGGUCGGGAGUGGACGAGUCCAUGAUCACGGGUGAGAGCCUGCCUGUACGGAAGAUGGUUGGCGCGCAGCUGAUUGGCGGAACGGUCAACGGCGAGGGCGUGCUGCUGAUGCGGGCAACGGCGGUGGGCAGUGCGAGUGUGCUGGCGGGCAUUGCCAGGCUUGUGAGGGAGGCGCAGACCAGCAAGGCGCCCGUGCAGGCCGUUGCCGACUCCAUUGCCGCCUACUUUGUCCCCACCAUCAUCCUCAUCUCCCUCCUCGUCUUCUUCGCCUGGCUGGCAGCCGGUCUGGCGGGCCUCGUGCCGCCCUCCGCACUGCCCCCGGGCGUCACCCCGCCGCUGCUGGCGCUGCUGCAUGCGAUCAGUGUGGUGGUCAUUGCUUGUCCGUGCGGGCUGGGGCUGGCCACACCGACAGCGGUGAUGGUGGGGACGGGCGUGGCGGCGAGGCAGGGAAUCCUGAUCAAGGGAGGGGCCGCACUGGAACGCGCACACAAGGCCCGUGUCAUCGUCUUUGACAAGACCGGCACCCUCACUCGCGGAGACUGUGCCGUACGACAGAUGCUCCGACUUGACCUCGACGGCCGACCCGUCGCGACUGACGCCGUCGCUGCUGGGGGCAACGCCGCGCCGGCGAAGGGCGCUGCUGCUGUUGAUUAUGACGGCGCCGCUGCCGCUAACGGAGAAGACGGCGGCGAGGCCGGCGUCGCCGCGUGGCCCCGCCGCCAGCUGCUGUGUCUCCUGGCGGCGGUCGAGUCGUCCAGUGAGCACGUGUUGGCGAAGGCGAUUGUGUCGUACUGCGCGACGGAACUGCUGCCCGACGGAGGCGGAACCGGGGGCAGCGCCGCCGCCAGGGCCGCCGCGGCCGCCGUCGCCGGCAAGGACGUUCAAGUACGGGAGGUGGUUGCCGUACCGGGCCGCGGGGUGGCAUGCGUCGCGGAGCUGUCUGCCGACGCCGUUGCUGCCGUACACGCAGCAUUGGGUGAUGACGGCUCGCCGAGAGCGCUCAAUGCGGGUGGCCCCGCCGCACUGGCCAUCGCCAUUGGGAAUGCAACAUGGAUGGAGGAGCGGGGCUGUGCACUGGGGCCGGCGGCGGCGGCUGCCAUACGGCGACUUGAGCGGCGGGAGGGAUGUACGGUUGUUGCUGUUGCGGCGGGAGGACGUCCGAUUGCAUUGCUCGCGCUGCGGGACAGCAUUAAACCCGAGGCCCCCCGCGUGGUUUCGGCGCUUCACGGCAUGGGCCUGGAGGUCUGGAUGGCGACUGGAGACUCUAGGCGUGUCGCUUACGCGGUGGCCUCGGAGCUCGGUAUACCCCGCAGCCGUGUCGUAUCGGAGGCCACUCCCGCCACCAAACUGGAGCUCAUCCGGGACCUCAAGGCCGGCCGUACACCCGCUGCCGCUGCUGCCCUGGCAGCAGCCGCUGCCAACACGCCCGACAGCGACAGCGACGAAGACGAUGGUGACGUUGGGGAGGAGGAGGGUACGAAUGGCGGCACAGCAGAGGUCGACAGCACCCGAUACGCAGGCCGCAAGCAGCCGCCACCAGGCCUGCGAGCCCAUGUGGUGGUGGAUGUGGGGAAGGGGGGCGGCUUAGGGUCGGGAGGUGCGGCCGAGGAGGACGGCCUGCGCGCGCCCCUGCUGCCCCCAGCGGCUGCGGUGAAGCCGGCCUCGCCGACAUCCGUCCGAGACAGCGGCCGCCGGGGCUCCCGGUGGUCCUGGCCCUGGCUGCGAGCAGCGCCCACUGGCCCUACCGCCGCCGAUGCCGCUGUCGCCAAGCCGCGUGUGGUUGCGAUGGUGGGUGACGGCAUUAACGACUCCCCCGCGCUCAGUGAGGCGGAUGUGGGGGUGGCCAUUGGCGCGGGAACGGACAUUGCGGUAGAGGCGGCGAGUGUGGUGCUGAUGAGGAGCAACCUGGAGGAUGUGGUGGUGGCGCUGCACCUCUCGCGCACCACCUUCCGCCGCAUCCUGCUCAACUUCCUGUGGGCGUACGGCUACAACGCGGCUGCCGUACCGCUGGCUGCGGGCGUGCUGUGGCCGCUGACGCAUGCGCUGGUGCCGCCCUGGGUGGCGGGGGCGGCGAUGGCGGCCAGCAGCGUGAGCGUGGUGGCCUCCUCGCUGGCACUCAAGGCGUACCGGCGACCCCGGAUCUGAGUUUGACCUGAAAUUGCAUGUGGAAGGGGGCGAAGUGGAGAAGAUUAUAGCGGUAUGAUGCUGUGAUGUGUAGUGUCAUGGGGUGGGGGAUAUGUCGUAAAUAGGUGGUCGUGCCGAGGUGGCCCCAUGGCGGCUAUGCGGUAGCAUAAUGGAUGCGGUGGUGUUGUGUUAUCACUAUUGCUGAAGGCGUCAGGUUGGGGGCCCAGGCAUGAAGGAUUGUGAGGGUUGGGCGGAGUACUGGAAGGAAGGGUACAUAGUGUUGUUGGCGUGAAACUUGGUAAGGGAUGAAGGGGUGAGGUGCGCGAGAAGUGAUGCGUGCACUGGCUGCUGUUACCGCUGCUGCUGCUGCUGGGCACGUAUAGCAAAUUGCCUGAAAUGUGUGUUGUUGGGAUUGCAGCUUUGAAUCGUCAGGGGAAAUGCGUCGUUGCAGUUGUCUGGCUGCGUGUGGCCGUAACGGUUUGUGUGUGCAUACGAAGAACGUCUGACCCAUGGGUCAGCCAGGGUUGGCUUGAGAGGCUCACAUUGAUGCUCCUCGUUGUGGGGUCAUCUGUUUGUUUCGUUUGGAAGGAGGGGGAAACACAAAAGAUGCUUUCCUAGUUCGGUUGCUAUUGGGACUUUGAAGGGCUCUUUUGAAUUUUUGUUUGUUUGUCCGUGGGCUUGAAAUCCACGAGUUGGGUUUAUUCUGGAGCAUAUAAUUGGUUGGGUGAUGGUUUCUUCGUCUUCAAGUAUAAGCAUGUGUCGCUAGUUUAAGGGUAGGUAAGUGGGAGGUUAACCAAGGAAACCAGGGGCAAGGCAAACAUACAUUGGGGGAGGACGCAAUGGUGGGAGGUUUCCAAGUGGAAGGUGCCCGGUUGUGCACGCAUAUGACUCGAGCGCUAGCUGGUUUUCUCUAGGAACCAGAGAGGCUAUAUGGUGACGGGCGUGUAUGGGGAGGGGAUCGCAUAUCUUCGUAGGGACGUUUCCUGGUCGGGUUGCUUCCUGUGCUACCUGCUACGUUGUUGCGUGCCCUUGCGGCCUUGGGUUCUUCACCCUCAUGUUGUAAGGAGCGGAUUUUCAUAGUGAAGGUAAAGUGAGAGCGAUGAACGCUUUGAUCCACGAAGAGCAAGCGUCGGAUGCUCCAAUGGCCGUUUGGGUGUCGAGUAUGUGUACGGUAUGAGAAAAUCUGUUGUCUUUCGUUGGCGUUAUGCUUACACUUCUAACCAUUUGGUAUAGCCUUUCGACCGAAUUGCUUCCAUCGCGACCCAGGCUUGAGGCUUUCGCAUCUGCUGCGGCUCCUUACAAAUUACUAAGGACGUUAUAAUUACAUGCAAACAUCUUACUUGUAAUGGCAAUGGCUAAUUAUAGUUCACAACGCUGUGCAUGAAGACAGCGCACCGCCACGUAUGCGUGUCGCGUUUUGAUAAAUCGACUGCUUGCAUCUUGCGACGAAAAUCGCAAUCAUUUAAGCCAGGUUUUACUAGUUGGUUGCCCAUCACGGAGACUUUCAGUGUUUCGCUGGGUGGCCCCCAACGCCGGGAGCGCGCCGCCCAUGAAAGCAUGUUUAUAGCCAAGGGCAACGCAAGAAACACUAUGGCGUGGGCCCAGUCCUUGACGAUGUCGCCUCUUGCGAAAGCGGUGUUACUGGCUCAGGUCUUGUCGCUCCUGCUGUGCGUAAUGGGCACCACUUCGGGCCUGCUGGCGUCCCACGGUGUGGCACUUCCCACCAGUCAGGCCGUCCUUAACUACAUCCUACUGGCUUUGGCAUGUGGAGCACACCAUCUCUGGAAGAGAGGCCCCCGUCUGAGCAAUCCGCCGCUCACAUACCUGCUCCUAGCGGUGCUAGAUGUGGAAGCGAACACAUUGGUCACCAAGGCCUACCAAUACACCUCCGUCACCUCCGUCACGCUCCUUGACUGCUUCACCAUCCCCGCCGUCAUGGCCCUGUCCGCCGCCGCCCUGCGCGCCCGCUACCUGCCGCCGCACUACGCGGGGGCGCUGCUGUGCAUCGGCGGCCUGGCGGUGCUGGUGGCCACGGAUGGCGGCUCCGAAACCGGGGGGCCGGACCCCGUGCUGGGGGAUGCGCUGGUGCUGAUGGGUUCGGUGCUGUACGCGUGCAGCAACGUGGCCCAGGAGCGGCUGCUGCGGUGCGCCACCCCCACCUCGGAGCUGCUGGCGGCGCUGGGGGCCUGCGGGGCGCUGGUUGGGGGGCUGCAGGCUUUCAUCUUGGAGCGAGGCGCCUGGGCCGCAGCCGACUGGAGCGACCCAUGGGUCGUCGCCCUCCCCCUCGCCGGCUUCGCCCUGGCCCUCUUCACCUUUUCUCUGCUCCUCCCCCUCGUCCUGCUCUGGAGCGGCGCAACCGUCCUCAACCUCUCCCUGCUGACCAGCGAUCUGUGGGCUGCAGCUGCCCGGGUUGCCUUCUUCGGUGGUUUCGGAGGUACGGCGGGGUGGUUUGCGCUGUCGCUGGUGUGCGAGGCGGCUGGGUUGGUGCUGUACACCUGGGCCGGCAGGACACAUCCAGAGGAGCUUGGGGGCGGGAGUGGUGGUGGUUCAGCUGCGGGUUCUGGGGUCGUCAUGGAUCUGAACUUCCACCUGCCGACCAGCAGCAGUAGCAGUAGUGGGGAAAACAGCAGGAGCAGCAGGGGGCUAGAAGCAGCUGUUGGUGGUG